AUGGACGACGACGAUGGCCCACCAGCAAAAUUAAAAAAAAGAGGUAAUUUUUCUUAGUUUCUUCUGUCCUCAUGCUCCCUUUUUAGCUAAUCAGACACCUACUGCCACGGAAAGACACGCUAGAAAGCUGGAAGAAAAUGACAUCGAUUGCGAGAAGGCGACUCUUUCGAACAUCACUUAUCUCGCUGUCAUCGGUCUGAAAGCUCUUGGCGUGGCGGACGCCAAAGUUGGAGAAGUGAUCAAAACUGUCGGCGAUUUGGUUGGAAUUUCAUUCCGAUCCGUCCCGGCGUCUGCGAAGUGUCGCAAUUUUGCUCUCACUGAUCUCACUGUCGGUAGAAGACAUGUUAAGGAGCGGCUCAGCGAGUACCAAGAACGUGGGAAAACUGUCUGUCUCGCAUCCGACGAAACUACGAAGGGGGCGAUGAAACUGCAGGCAUUUGGAGUCCAUUCUCAAGAUGGGACUUUCACUUGCGUAGGAAUUGACCACGUCGCGGAGAAAUCCGCACAGACAGCCUUUGAAAAGCUUUGUUGGACUGUCACAAAGUUGUCAGGGGCUUCCACGGACUUUUUGAAAAAGUUCAUGGUAUCUGUGACAAGUACGAUGUCGGAUUCGGCGUCUACUGAGAUUAAAUUUAAUCGCCUGGUCGAAGCCUAUCGCAAUGAAGUCAUUCCUGAAGUGGUUUCGAACUAUGCAGACAUGACGGACUAA